AUGACCCCUGAUAAACAAAACAAUGGCUAUCUCGCCAAACCGUUCACCCCGACCCUCAGCUCCGCUUUUCAUCGAUCAAACAAGUCCCCUUUGACCCCCAAACUCGCCUCUUCUACUGGAUAUCGUACGCCAAAGAGAUUGGCACCAUCCGACCACCCGUCGAAACCGGAUUCCGAGCCGUCCCUCCUUAGUGCAAAUGUGACCCCUCGAUCGGGUGCUCGCAGCAGCAGACGGGAUGGAUUGACCUCAACAGAUACUGUCCCCACCAGCGGACGAAACUCCCCGCAAUCUCCUUUUGUGCAAGCUAGCGUGGUGCAUGGAUCGAAUGUGGGAGGAUGUCGGACAGAGCGAAGCCCUGUCCGCGCAGGUGGGAGAUUGGAGCCGUCAAAGGCAACAAGGGCAAAGACUCUCACUACUGAGCCUCAUCAACUUUCACGGUCGAAUUCGGCGUCUGACGGCUCGUCCGGCUCACCAAUGUUCUUUCAUGCAUCUGAUGCGCGGUCUUCAAAUUCUUCCGAGGUAGAUGUUCGGUCGAGACCACCUAGCAAGGUACCGCCACAGACGACCUUCGUCUACGCGAAUGGAGUAGAGGAAUCCAGGUUGUCAGAUAAUAUGAAGCUAGAAUCAACUGCCGGCAAACGACUCUCAGCAGGUCUGUCUCGCUUAGUGGCAGGCUCGAAGCCUCCGGCGGGCUCUCCGCCCAUCACAUCACCCAAACUCAAUCAUGCUACACAUCGACUUUCUGAUGGUCUAUCACUACCUGGAUCGCUGGUGGAUAGUCAAUCGGAGGUUGACCCCUACAUGCACAGUCCGCCAUUGGGAGCGUUCUCACCGCGAGUAUAUGCUACGACCCCGAGGCACUUUAAACCUUCUAGUAUGGAUUCGGGCCUCUGUGACAAUUCCCCAAAAGAGGGCCUGAGGCCGAGUCCUAUCAUCAUAUCCCCAUCUGACUCCAAACUGGACGCUAGCGCUCUUACCUCAGAGCCCAUUUCUGGACUCCGACCUCGAAUAUUCAGCAGCGGGUCUACCGCCUCGGUGGAUACCUUCGCUUCUGCUACUCAGAGUCCCGUGAAGUCUGAAGGCACUGGAGCGGGGAAGGACGAUGCUGCUACCAGUGCCCGCACAGAGCGCAAGAUUCUCGAUCUCGAAAUCAGCAACUCAUCACUCCUGGCAAUCAACCGCACUCUUGAACGCGAGAUGCGCAAGCAAAAUGCCGAGCUGCGGAGAUACCGGCGUCUCAGCCGUUCAGGCCGGCUAUCAAUGGCACCGUCCACUCGCUCUGUUUCGGGAAACUCAUUGGCAAUCAUGAGUGAGCUGGAUGAAGGUAGCGAAUAUACUUCCACACGGUCUCUGGAGGAGUCUUCUGAUUUUAGCGACGAAGAGUCGAUGGUAGACGACGGGGUGAUGAGCCCCGAUUCGUUAGCGGAACAUGACGCACGACAUCAAGCUCGAGAUGAGAAGCGAUUCUUUGUUGAUCUUGCAAAGCACCAAGAGCUAUUGGCCGACAGCCAGAAGAUGAAUCAGAGCCUGAAACGAUGUCUAGGUUGGACAGAAGAGUUAAUCAACGAAGCUAAGAAAGCUCUCGAAUAUAGUGUGCAUGUGAACGAUGUUCAGCUUGGCGGGAGAGUUCUCUCGCCCGAAGAAUUGAGCGAGACUGGAGAAAUAGCCCGCGACUUGAUUGCGGGCAAGUAUUAUGAUUUUCGUCCAUCUUCUUCGGAUUCCAAACCAGCCACGGAAACAGCCUGA